GUCUCCUCCUCCUCUCUACCACUGUCCCCCGUCUCCUCCUCCUCUCUACCACUGUCCCCCGUCUCCUCCUCCUCUCUACCACUGUCCCCCGUGUCCUCCGUACUGUAGACGGCCUGACGUCAUACAGCUCUCCUGAAGGUCAGCUGAUGAUGCCUCCUGGGUAUCCCAUUGCCAGCCUCAACGACUCCACAUACGACGGCGCCCACGAACGAAGGAAACUGUCUGGGGGGUUGGGUCAGCUGACGGACGGUGUGACUGGUCAAGAUGACUUCCUGGUGACGCGGCAGUACCAUGUAUGGCCUGGAUACGACUAUGUGGGCUGGAGGAACGGGAGUCUGGGCUCUGACUAUGUGGAGAUGGAGUUUGUCUUUGACAAGCAAAGGAACUUCACCUCCAUGAAGGUAACAAAGUGCAUCCUACAGAGAUGGAAUGGGACAGACGAGGUUAAGGACAGAGAAGGAAUGGGACAGACGAGGUUAAGGACAGAGAAGGAAUGGGACAGACGAGGUUAAGGACAGAGAAGGAAUGGGACAGACGAGGUUAAGAAAAGAGAAGGAAUGGGACAGACGAGGUUAAAGACAGAGAAGGAAUGGGACAGACGAGGUUAAGGACAGAGAAGGAAUGGGAUAGACGAGGUUAAGGAAAGAGAAGGAAUGGGACAGACGAGGUUAAGGACAGAGAAGGAAUGGGACAGACGAGGUUAAGAAAAGAGAAGGAAUGGGACAGACGAGGUUAAGGACAGAGAAGGAAUGGGGCAGACUGGGUUAAGGACAGAGAAGGAAUGGGACAGACGAGGUUAAGGACAGAGAAUGAAUGGGACAGACGAGGUUAAGAAAAGAGAAGGAAUGAGACAGACGAGGUUAAGGACAGAGAAGGAA